AUGGAUGUGAUCGCGGUCGGGACCGGCACCAUCGACGUGAUCCAUGAGGUGGAUAUGUAUCCAAAAGAGGACUCCAAGACCCGAUCAUUAGCGUCGUACAAGUGCCGAGGUGGAAACGCUGCAAAUGCAUUGGUAGUUUGUUCCCAACUUGGUGGUCGAUGUCGAUGGCUGAGCACAUCGACAGACCCAGAGAACGAUAGCGAUGCUAAGUUUAUUCAUGCUGAUUUGGCUGCGUUUAAUGUGGACUGCUCAUUGGCGGUCAUUGAGAAGGAAGGCAGCAUGCCUGUAUCGUACAUUGUUUCAAGUCAAGCAACAGGGUCACGCACGAUUGUGCACUCCCACACUAUUGCCGAACUCACUUAUGAAGCAUUUGUGCGACAAGUGGAGCCGUACAUGACGCAAGAUACAAACGUGUGGCUUCAUUUCGAAGGACGGAACAUGGAAACUGUAAGGCAGAUGAUGCUGUAUGUACGAGAAAACGCAGCGCGCGCGAAAGUUUCGGUUGAGAUCGAAUUUCCGAGAUACCCUUGGGGUCUAGCCAAAACACUGGCAUCGCUAGCGGACUACGUGUUCUUGUCCAAGGAUUACCUUUAUAAUAAUGUGUGCAUAUCGAAUGCAAGCGACUUUUUUGCGCAAAUUCAAAGGCAGCAAUGGGGCGAGAACUGGAAUCAGUGGGUGAAAGCAUUUGUUUGCCCUUGGGGAUCGGAAGGGGUUUAUUAUCUCGAAAUGGCUGGCUCAACGAUUCAUCAUAUUCCCUCUGCUCAGCUUGACCGCGUGGUAGAAUCCAACGGUGCUGGAGAUUCGUUCAUUGGGGCAGCUCUUGCAGGGUUAUCUCGUGGAAAUGUUCCAUUACACGUGGUGUUCAAGACAGCAUGCCAUGUAGCGACUUUCAAAUGCUCACAGCAUGGGUUUCAUCUUCCCACCCGUAAGGUCUUGGAGUGGAAGAGGGCUCUGCAGUAUUUCAAGCAAGCCAACGAUACAAACGCUGUCACAAGCAACAACCAUCAAGGACAGGCUAAUGCUGAAAGUGUUGUACCGACAGAACAUAGCGUAACAUCCGAAGUAGUGCUGGAACUGGACCGGGCAGAGUGCAGAAGCCGAACAGAUACAGACAGUUUUUCCGUUUUCGUCGUCCCGCUGCUGCCGACCUUCACAGAAGACGAUGAUGGAGAUGUCAUCGUGCCUCGAAGAAAAACAAAAACGCAAAGAGACACCGAAACUGUGUUUGUUUUAGCAGCGCACAGUCGUACGACAUGGGACACUGCAGGCACGCAGCUUUGGCGAGCAGCUUUCCUCCUGGCAGAAUACAUCUACAGUGCACCGGAGGUUUUCGCUGGACAUACAGUUCUCGAGUUUGGCUGUGGAAUUGGUUUUACGGCCAUUGUGGCUUCCCGUGUAAGUCGCUGCAUUUACGCCACCGAUUUGGACGAAAGCGCUCUGCUUUUAGCGAAGAAAAAUAUUGAGCGCAACCACUCUGGUGAUGUGAAACUCCGCUUGCUGGAUUGGGGUGAGAGCAGCUUAAUUUCAACGGCCGUUGACUCUUCAGCAACUUUGUUUGGCUGGACCUCAACCGACCGAGUCGAGCUGGAAGACCUGACAGUCAUCAUUGCUAGCGAUGUUUUCUACGACGAUACCAUGACUCUCGUGUUCUUACGCGCUCUCCGUCGUCUCAUGCUGCAGCACAACCGCGCAAAAGGUUAUGUCGCGUCAGAACGACGUUCAGUUUUCUCCGCUGCAGCCAUGCGCGUUGUCUCACUAGGAUACGAUACCUUUCAAGACCAUAUUUGUUUGCACUCUUCGAGCAAGUCCCACGUGCGUGUCACAGAAAAUCAAGUUCAGUGUCGACUGUGCGCUCUGUCUCAUCCAAGAAAUGCUGAUGGUGACAUAUUGCGCUUCGUUGUCCAUGAGAUCGAAACACGUGAGAUACCUCGGCGUUUUAAGUACGACAGACUAGCAACUUUAAUGCUCUGGAAAAUCGAUGCCGUCGUUGUUUAG